AGAUUCAUCAAGAGGAAUGUCAGCCUCAGGAAGUAACCCUGCCUCUGAUUGGCCAAAGCGAGUCACGUGAUCAUUUCCCAAGCGGAGUUUCCACGACAGCUGGAAGCCGAGCGGCACAGGCGCAUCGCUUCUUUGCUAAAAUUAUUGGAAAUAACAAGACUUCUGCUCGUCUCAGCACCUCCAGAUAAACCCUGGUCUGGCAUGGGCGACAAGAGGAGUCCCACAAGGCCGAAGCGUCAACCGAAGCCCUCCUCCGACGAGGGGUUUUGGGACUGCAGCGUGUGCACGUACAAGAACACAGCAGAGGCUUUUAAGUGCAUGAUGUGUGAUGUCAGAAAGGGGACGUCAACAAGGAAGCCUCGUCCCGUCUCCCAGCUCGUCUCGCAGCAGCAGGUAACGCAGCAGUUUGUGUUGCCCUUGCAGCCCAAAAAGGAGAAGAAGGAGAGAGUAGAGAGGGAGAAGAGCGACAGAGAGCCGGCGCUCAAGAAGAACAGUCACAAGAAGAUGAGGCCGAGGUUAAAAAACAUUGACCGGAGCAGCGCCCAGCACCUGGAGGUGACGGUUGGGGACCUGACAGUCAUCAUAACGGACUUUAAGGAGAAGGCCAAGCCCUCGUCCACCUCGGCUACGCCAUCCAGCACCGCGUCUACGGCCGACCACCACAGCCAGAACGGCUCCAGCUCAGAGAACACAGAGAAGGGGCUUUCCCGCUCCUCCUCUCCCAGAGGAGAGGGGAGCUCGGUCAACGGAGAGUCCCACUGAGUCACCCCCUCGAAAUCUCCCUCGGCCUCCAACCCCAUCUCAUCUGCAAGCCCACAGGUCACUGGUGGGACAUCCUGCCUCUACUUUAGAGCUGCACAUUACUGACUAAAACUGUUUUGCUUUCUUUCUUUUGGAUAUUACAAUUUCAAUAGGAAUUGUGACCAAAAAACAGAUUUGGCAAUUUUAAAUCAGUUUAAAGAUUCUCCACAGCAGUGGAAUUCUGCAUUUAGAAAGCAAUAUAAAAAGACCUUUUGCUCCAUCUUCGAAGUUUUUAGUGACCUACAUUUUCACUUGGACAUUUAGUGUAAUCGAAAGGAUCCCGCACGCUGUCCAAACCUUGCUACAAGAACAUUUACUAAGACAAUUUUAUUCUGACGAAGAACUUCCUCAGAACAGAUCUGAGAUGUCUGAAUAAAUGUUUGGACAAGCUUAAUGGCCCUGUGCGGUUUCUUUCAGAUGCACCUGCCUGUCCAGGUGUUUCUUUUUCUUUUGUUUUUAUAUUUUUGUUAAACGAAAUGUGCAGCCCCACCCUCGACAUUACCUUCAGCGGCCGGCAGAGUGACCUAUUCUUCCCCAAUGUGGAAUCUUCAGCCUCUGUCUGGAAUCUUUACCUAGCCGUUAUAAACCUGAACCAUCUAUUACGCACUCUCAGUGUCCCUACACUGAAUCUUCAACCUCUCAGCAAACCUUUGCUCCUGCACUCGAUUACUCCAAGCAUUUACUUGUGGACUGCCUCUGCUGUGGAGUGACUUUUGACAUAGCACAGCGGCUGUACUCUGACUGGCACCAUUUGGUGUUUUUGGGUAAUGUUUGGAGCAGGUUGUUUAGUUCAGGUAAUGCUCGUUAUGUCCAUAUAAAAGGACAUCGGGCAGGUUUUGAUAAAAGCCCUCUUUUAAAUGGUGCGGGAACAUAUCGUUUAUGAUUUUAAAAAGGAAAUGCCGGUGUUUUUUGUUUUCAGUUUGUGCCAUUAAUCUACGUUACCCCUCUUUUUGGUUUGCACAUAGUCAUGUCAUGUUGGAGAUAAAAUCUGGGUUUUGUUUUUCUAUCUUUGCAGCCAUUCAUUUUGUAGCACUAACUUGCAUUAAGUGAUAUUUUUGAUAUGUUAAAAGCUAAAUAUAUUGAAAAGUAGCAAUUAGCAACCCUCUGGGACAGAAAAACGCAGAAAUGCCAAAAACUGCAGUCCCUCAAAUGGCCACUUGAGGCUGGCUCCAAAAGUGAAUCAAUCCCUAUAGACCAGUGACUGUAAAAAGAAUAUAGACCCCUAUGUUAAAAUUUGCAACUUUACAGCAGACAUAAACAUGUUUACAGCCUGGUACAAACAUGGUUAAGUCUCUAUAGCUAAUUUCCCUAUUCAUGACAACUGUAUGGAGAGUGAAUUUUUAUAUUACUGGCCCAUUUCAAUUAUAUAAAGGCUUAAAGGUAUGCAUAAUUAAGGGCUUGGCUGCUUUGAGUGACAGGUGGGUGCCAUCACAGGUGGCUAGCUCAGCAACCAGGUUUCUUCGGCCCACCUCAGCUCCACCUCUUGCCCAUUUUUGGAUUAUCCGGCAGCAGGCAGAGUCAGGCAUUGCCAAGAUGGCGAUGGCCGGAGCCGCCCACACUGAGCUUCACAAUGGCUCUUCAGGAAUCAAGGACAUCACAGAGGCUAUGUCCGUGUUUUAUACAGUCUAUGGUUCUGACCCUCACAUAGUCCCAACCAUAAAUUAUCCAUGUUCAGCAAACCAGCUCAGACAAGCUGUUAACACUAUCUGGCCAGCAUGAAAUCACAGAAGAUUGAAGUUUCUGGAAAAGAAAGUCUUUAGAUGAGUCAAUAUUGUGCUAAUAUUGGUCAGAAGACCAAAAACACUAAUCCAAAGGGAUUUUAACGUUGGUAUCUGUCUGCUAGAUAUGCAAGUAGGCAAUACGUCGCUAACAUACUCAUGUCAUAACAGCUAAAAUCUGUCUCUCAGGGCUUUGUUUCUUUGACUUGAUUCUGCAGUCUUGCUGUACCCACCUGCUAUCAAAACGAUCACUUAAUGCAACUUUAAGAAUUACCUAAGCUUUGUAAUAAUUUUCAGUCAUACUUCAUCUGUCACAAUGCUUAUUUUUUCUUUUCUUUGUUUCAGAGAUGAAAAAAAAGAGUUGACGGCAAAAUGUCAACUAAAUGUAGACGGUAGUUAAGGGACUGUCGCUUUAAAUGACACCGGUAUUCUCCUUUUAAUCUCUGCUGCACAAACAGGGCUGCACCUGCUCAGCGUCACAGUGGAAAACCAGAGGGUGCUCAUGCUGUUCUGCCCCCACUGUGAGCCCAGUGUGGAGACUGCAUGGUGCUUCUACAACAGAAAAGGAGCUUUGACUUCUGGACAUGCACAGUUAUCAGCUGCAUAAGGUGAUGGCCUGCGGUGUGAUGGACUUCAGAAACUGUUUAAAUUCCUCCAUUUUGACGUAGCAAAGUGGGGGAGCUUUAGAAUAUACUAAACCCCCAGCAGAACAACUAUAGAUCAACCUAACUACACAAUAAUGUAUGAAACCUGUAGAAUACUACACAGAUAAAAUGGAUAUUUCUAAAAUAUUGUACUACAAUGUUUUGAUGUGGUUGUAUUAUCCAUCAUAGCAGUGUUAUAGUCGAAAUUUUUACUUUAACAUUUUAGCACAGAUCCUGAGAACUGUCAUGGCAUGAAAAUAUUAUGGUCUCUGUAUAUUGUGGGACAGGCUAUGUCUCUUAGUUUGUUAGCAUUGUUAUAUGUGUCAGAGAUCUCAUAGGUUCACCACACUAGCUGGGACUAGCUGGGUGGACUCGUGAGAAAUAUUCGGAUGGACGUUUGUUAUUUGGUUGUGGCACAAAUGGAAAGACACUUAAAAACAUGUUGGUUGUCACCUGAUGAUAUUUUUGGUUUUGCUUUGCCAUGCUCAAUUGUUUUAAAAUGUGUGAACUUGUUUAUUACAUGUCUGAAUAAGAAAAUAACAAAAUUCAAACAAAAGAAA